UAGCAGUCCCUGAAUGCACCACUGCAGAAAACGUCCCGGUGGGACUUCCGUUAAUAGACGUUUCUGUUCGCUCAGCUCGUAAUUACGGUAAUUUACAGUAAUUGCGACGGGAUUUGAAAGCGGGGAAAGGUCCAGCUGUUACCUUAAACCAAACAUUUUUUUUCCAUUUUCGAUUAUAAUUGUUCAUAACUGAUCGCUAACGUUAGCUAACAUGUAGCCCUGUAACGCCUCCUUUCGCUUCUCCGUUCGGUUCAAAAGUACAAGUUAAGUUAGCUAACGCUAGUUUAUGCGAAAGUUCACCAGGUCAAAGGACAUUUUACCGGAAAACGGUACACCUCGCAGUUUGAUUCCCACCGGCGUUUUCCCUCUCUGUGGUUCUGUGUGAGAACAUUAACGUUACUGUAAACCGGUGGGUUUUCUACAAGAAGCAAAAUGAGUCGAAGAGGAGAAACGACCGAGGAAGCCUCCGGAGCUUCACUUUCCUCCCAAACUAAAGCUGAACACCAACCAAAGAAGAUGCAAAUUAUUUACGUCGUUUACCUAAUCGCUGCUUUGGAUACCACAUGGAUGUUUUUACAGUUUUCUGUAACGCCUUAUUUGGCAAAGAAACUUGGCUUCGACACGUUGUGGUUUGGUUACUUGCAAACCAUGGUAGGUGUAGUCCAGCUGGUUGGGGGUCCUAUGUUUGGAAGGUUUGCAGAUGUCUUCGGAGCACAAGCAGCCUUGUCUCUGGCGUGUUCUGCUACAGUUGUUUUCUUUCUGCUGCUGGCCAUAGCAGACCAUCCUGCCAUGCUGUUCAUCCACAAACUCCCCACGGUCUUCAUGCACGUCCUCCCUGCAUCUCAGAUGGUCGUUGCAGACCUUUCAGGACCUGAAAAACGGGCAGAUGCUUUGUCCAAACUAGGUCUGUGUUUUGGCAUCGGUAUGAUAGUUGGCUCCACGUUGGGCGGCCAUCUUAACACACGUUAUGGGGAGACAUUUACUGCAUGUUUUGGUGCUGUGGGGAGUGCCUUCAGUUUGCUGUUGGUUUUAAAGUUCAUCCCCAAAACUACCAAAGUUCAAGCUCCAAGAACCAACACAGACACUCCAGGCGCGAACAAAAGCAAGUCGAUAUUUAAUGUGGGAGAGAUCACAAGACUGAUGACGUUUCCAGGUGUGACGCCGACUUUUCUUGUGAAGAUAGUUGCAGGUUUGCCAUCAGGCAUUUUCCAAGUGAUGUUCUCCAUCAUUGCGUUGGACUUCUUCAAGCUGCAGCCUGAGCAGAAUGGUUAUCUGUUGGCUUAUUUUGGCAUACUUCAAAUGGUUAUUCAAGGAGGAGUGAUCGGUCGACUUACAGCGAGAUACUCCGAGAACUCGCUGCUGCUUCUGUCUAUUGGGGUUUCUUCUUUGGUGGGACUCGCUCAGGCUUACAUGCAGAACGUGUUCCAAUUCUGCCUCACCAUCAUCCCGAUGAUGUUUUCUCUCAGUGUGUUUAAUGUCAUCACAGACAGCAUGCUCACCAAGAGCGUGCCGUCCUCUGACACAGGCACAAUGCUGGGACUGUGUGCAUCUGUCCAAUCUCUGCUUCGCACAGUCGGACCGACUGCUGGCGGCUUCCUGUAUGUGAACUACGGCAUGUCCUCUAUAGGCUUAAUCCAGUUUGUUGUGAAUAUUGCUGUGUUUGUGCUCCUGCUGCAGCGUCGCCUCAAGAAGACAGCCGAGCAAAAGGAAUGAAAUAGUCUUUGAAAAGCUUCUCUUCAUCUCCAGUUUGUUCAGAAACUAAUAGUGGAGAUGGAAAUCAAUGUUUGAUUUUAGGAACAAUCAUUUCUACAGUUGCAGAUAUUUAAAGCACUCUGCUGCUGUUGUUUUAUCUGUGGUGAGGAAUCAGGACCAAACCACUAGAUGGCGGCAAAUCCUCCAUUUUACCUGAUGAUACUUUUAUUUUCCAGGGUUCACUGUUCACAUUCAUAUUAAGGUUACACUUGCUGAUAUUGAAAUUUUAUUAAACCAAUAAUUUUGAAUUUGUAAUGAAAGUUUAUUUUCUUAUUGGUCAUUGUUUUUCAUUAAACCUUUAAAUAAA